GAACCCGCACGGAAGGAGGUCUACGGAUUCGGGUCGCGCAACCUGGGUCCAGGACGUGGAUGGAGAUGGAGUUCGACUGCGAGGGUCUCAGACGGCUCCUGGGCAAGUACAAGUUCAGAGACCUAACUGUGGAAGAACUAAAGAACGUAAAUAUGUUUUUCCCACAUUUCAGAUAUUCCAUGGAUACCUAUGUGUUCAAAGAUAGUUCCCAGAAAGACCUGUUGAAUUUCACUGGCACUAUUCCUGUAAUGUACCAGGGUAAUACAUAUAACAUACCAAUUCGUCUGUGGAUUUUGGAUUCCCACCCUUUUGCUCCCCCCAUCUGCUUCUUAAAGCCAACUGCAAAUAUGGGUGUCUCAGUUGGAAAACAUGUGGAUGCCCAAGGCAGAAUAUACUUGCCCUAUCUUCAAAACUGGAGCCAUCCUAAAUCUGUCAUUGUUGGACUAAUUAAAGAAAUGAUUGCCAAGUUUCAAGAGGAACUUCCCCUGUAUUCUCUACCAUCAUCUGAUGAGGCACGGCAGGUAGACUUGCUAGCCUAUAUUGCAAAAAUCACUGAAGGUGUCUCAGACAUCAAUUCAAAGAACUGGGCAAAUCAUGAGCAUAAAACAGUCAGUAAAAUUACUGUGGUUGGAGGUGGAGAUCUGGGAAUUGCCUGCACAUUAGCAAUCUCCGCAAAGGGCAUUGCGGACAGCCUGGUCCUCUUAGACCUCUCAGAGGAGACCAAAGGAGGAGUAAUGGACCUUGACAUCUUUAACCUGCCUAAUGUGGAGAUCAGCAAAGAUUUGUCUGCCUCUGCUCAUUCCAAGGUGGUGAUCUUCACAGUCAACUCUUUGGGUAGUUCUCAGUCCUACCUUGAUGUGGUGCAAAGCAAUGUGGAUAUGUUCAGAGCCCUUGUCCCAGCUCUGGGACAUUAUAGUCAAGAUGGUGUCCUGCUCGUUGCAUCUCAGCCAGUGGAAAUCAUGACCUAUGUGACGUGGAAACUGAGUGCAUUUCCUGCAAAUCGAGUGAUUGGAAUCGGAUGUAAUCUGGAUUCACAGAGAUUACAAUACAUUAUUACAAAUGUUUUGAAGGCACAAUUAUCAGGAAAACAAGUAUGGGUGAUUGGUGAGCAGGGAGAAGACAAAGUGCCCACAUGGAGUGGCCAAGAAGAAGCGAUGAGUCAUAACUCUCAAGUGCAGUUGUCCAACAGAGCCAUGGAGGUGUUACGUGUCAAAGGUCAAAGAUCCUGGUCUGUCGGACUAUCAGUGGCUGACCUGGUUGACAGCAUUGUAAAUGAUAAAAAGAAAGUACAUUCUGUAUCAAUUUUAGCAAAGGGAUAUUAUGACAUAAAUAGUGAAGUGUUUUUAAGUUUGCCUUGCAUCCUUGGAUCCAGUGGAGUAUCUGAAGUCAUCCAAAGCACAAUGAAGGAAGAUACAGUGACUGAGAAACUCCAAAGCAGUGCAUCAACCAUCCAUGGUCUCCAACAACAGUUAAAACUUUGAUCAUAAAGUGCAGCAUUACCUGAAAGGGAAGGUCAUUUAAUUUUGCCAACAUAUAAAGGGUUGAGAAUUUCUGUAUGUUAUUCAUUACCCUUACAAACUGCUUGGUUAAGGGAGUCUGUUUCCAGUUAGCUCUGUAAUUUGGAUCCUUAAGGAGUUCGAUAAGGAAGGGGAAAAUCUAAUUUUCUUUGUUGUUCUUGAGAUAUCUAAACUGUUCUUUAAAUCUAUAGCAGAUAUAGACAUUCAUCUACAAUAUGCAUCAUUUAAAUUUAUGGAUCCUCAUCUAAAAGCACAUUCAGCACUUUGGAAAUAUUUUGAAAGUAAUAUAUUUUUAAAAGAAAAUUACUCUUUAUUAUAGUAACCAUGAUAAACUGAAGGUCCAGUAUUAGUUUACAGAAUCUGUGCUGGGUGUACUUUCAAAAGAUCCACAGCUUAAGGUACUGUUUCUUCUUUAAAAUAAAAUUGGUAGUAAUGGGAAAGCAUUUUGUUUUCCCUCUUUAAAUUAAUUAGCUAUC